AUGCUACCUCUUUUGUAUAUUAUUGAUUGUAUCAUUGUACAAGUGACAUCAAAAAAGAGUUAUGAUGGGAAGAGUGUUUUAUCCGUAAUACCAUUUAAAGAAUCACAUUAUAAAUUAUUAUCAGUAUUAGAAGAACAAAAUGAGAUUAAUAUUUGGAAUGAAAUACGACGUAAUGCAUCUGUUGAUAUAAUGAUUGAUCAGUAUAAUAAAUCAUCAUGGAUCAAACUAUUUAAUUCUCUUGACAUGAAGCCCGUAGUAACCAUUGAUAAUGUUCAAAAAUUGUUAAAUAGCGAAGAGAAAAUGUUAAAUAUUCAAUCACGUUCGGGUAUACGUAGUGUUACGGAUACUUAUUUGACUUUUAACGAGAUAGGAUCAUCAUUGGCACGUCGAAAUGUAUUUAUUGAUUGUGGCAUACAUGCUAGGGAAUGGAUUUCACCUGCUACUUGUCUAUUCUUUAUUAACGAAUUUUUAACACAAUAUUCGGCUGGUGGUAACGCCAAACAAAUUAUGGAUACUUAUAAGUUACAUAUUGUACCAGUAUUAAAUCCUGAUGGAUAUGCUUAUACACAUUCAAAAGAUCGUAUGUGGAGAAAAAACAGAAAACCUGUUGGUAGUAAUUGCUACGGUGUAGAUUUGAAUCGUAAUUUUGGCUAUAUGUGGAAUACAGGGGGUUCAUCGGCAUCUCCAUGUUCAGAAACAUAUCAUGGCGGUUCUCCAAUGAGUGAAAAUGAAGCGAAAGCAAUGCAAUCGUACAUGACCGGCAAAACAUGGGACAGUUAUCUAACAUUUCAUAGUUAUGGACAAUGGUGGUUUACAAACUGGGGAUACACUGACACUCUUCCUCCUCAGUAUACUGAAUUGGUUAAUAAAGCAAAAAUUGGUGCUGAUGCACUCAAAAGUGUUAAUGGUCGAAGUUACACAAUCGGUUCAUCAGCAGUAUUAUUAUAUGUUGCUUCUGGCGGAUCUGAAGAUUGGACGAGAGGUACAUUAAAUAUUAAAUAUUCUUAUUGUCUUGAAUUACCUCCAACAGGUGGCUCAGGAUUUAUUUUACCCACUAAUGAAAUAAAGAAAGUUGGUGCUGAGACAUUCAAGGGUAUAUGCGAAUAUCUCAAAGCAAUAUAA